CAUCAAACAGAGCCACGCUCCUACAUGUGACCGGGCCACGGUCUCAGCUCGGCCGCGGUCUUCACAAUGUGCCAAGUGGAUGAAGACUACCAUGAUGGACUGGAGCGCGCGGAGGUGCCCAGUGUUUCCAAGAAAUGUGUCAAAUGCAAAGAGGCAAGUGCAGCUGUGGUCAUCAGAGCAGGAGACACAUACUGCAGGGGCUGUUUCAAGGAAUACUUCAUCCACAAGUUCAGAGCCAUGCUGGGAAAAAACAGGAUCAUCUUCCCUGGAGAGAAGGUGCUGCUGGCUGUAUCUGGUGGUCCUUCGUCCUCUUCAAUGCUCAGUCAAGUCCAAGAGGGUCUGAGUCAGAAUGCUCAUAAGAAGUUGAGAUUCUUACCUGGCAUCGUUUACAUCGAUGAGGGUGGAGCUGUAGGUCAGUCUGUGGAGGAAAGACAGAGGACGGUGGCUGAGCUGCAGGCUGUGUUCAAAGCUACUGGUUUCCCCUUCCACAUGGUGCCUCUGGAACAGGUUCUGGAUCUUCCCAGUUCAGUUGUGGUGACGGCUCCAGCUGCCUCAGAGCAGCCGGCCAGCGCCUACAAAGCAGCGGUGGAUCACUUCAUUCAGAGCGACAGCAGCAGCUGUUCGACUGCACAGGACCAUGAGCAAACGUCGGUGCCGGAGGUUCAGGAGUCCCACACACAGCUCCUGCAGCAGCUGAUCGGCUCAGCUCAGACACUGACGGCCAGACAGGACCUGCUGAACACACUGAGGCACCAUCUGCUGGUGCACACAGCUCGCACUGAGGGAUACAGCAAACUGAUGCUGGGAGACAACUGCACCAGAGUGGCUGUGAAACUGCUCACCAGUAUCUCACUGGGCAGAGGAGCACAGCUGGCUCAGGACACGGGUUUCGCUGACUCCAGGUAUGGUGACAUCAUAUUAGUGAGACCAAUGAGGGACUACUCAGCCAAAGAAAUUGCGUACUACAACCACAUGUUCAGCGUUCCCUCUGUUUUCAUACCAGGCGGGGACACUAAGACAACAGACAAAGCCAGCAUCCAGCGUCUGACAGAGAGCUUUGUCACCAAACUGCAGGCCGACUUCCCCUCCACUGUCAGCACCAUCUACAGGACCAGCGAGAAGCUGCAGACAGCGUGUAGGAACUCCUCCACAGCUGACCAGGCUGACAGGUGUCUGCUCUGUAUGUGCGCGCUGGACACUGCUGUUGAGAACGCUUCUGCCUUUCAGGCCACACUGACCUCAGAGCAGCUCUCCCAGAAUAAACCUUCAGGAGCCACAGGGACUGAGAACCCGAGACAAAACCCAGCUCCAGUGGAGCAAGAAUCAACUGCUCCCUCUGGACAGUGCUGUUCCUCUGGAGGAGAGGAUUGUGGGAGAACAGAGAGAGGUGGUGGUGGAGGCUGCUGUUCUUCUGCCAAGGAACCCGAGAGAACCGAUCUGAAGAGCCUGUUGUGUUACAGCUGUCAGCUGACCAUCAAAGACAUGUCGUCACUGGAGCGUCUCCCUCAGUACAUCCUGUCAGAGGCUCAGAGGAGGCAGAGGAGGUCUCAGAUGAGAGAGGAGAUCAGUGAGUUCCUGCUGGAUGAUGGUGAUGAAGGCAGUUAGAGGGUGGAGCCUCUGAAGCUAAAUGUUCACCUCCAGCUGUCCUCUCUGAAAAACGUACAUCACCACUCUGCUCAUUCCAACGUGCAGCCAGUGGACAACUUUAAAAUAGAAAUACUUCCCAAAUAUACUGAGUUUUACAAAAGAAGCCCUAUGUGAGAGGUGGUCACUCAUACAGCACAUGGCUAAGCA